GGGAAUAAUAUCAAGGUGGUGGGCCAAGAAACCCACCCUAUGCUGUAGAAAUAUUAAAGGGACGAAAGCCCGUGGCCGUAUUUGCUCAACCAAAGCAGCCCAUUCCAUUUCUUCAGCUAAUCGGCAGCAGGAGAGAGAGAGAGAGAGAGAGAGCUCCAAUGGCGUCGAAACUGCAAGCUCUAUGGAAUCAUCCAGCUGGUCCUAAAACCAUUCAUUUCUGGGCACCGACCUUCAAAUGGGGCAUUAGCAUAGCCAAUCUUGCCGACUCUAGUAAACCCCCAGAGAAAGUUUCAUAUCCCCAGCAGAUCGCCGUCACAGCGACUGGAGUUAUUUGGUCACGUUACAGCACUGUUAUCACUCCUAAGAACUGGAAUCUUUUCAGUGUGAACAUUGUAAUGGCUGGUACAGGUAUUUACCAGCUUACCCGAAAAAUUCGGCACGACUAUUUCAGUGACGACCAAGCUGUUGUGGCCAAAGAAUGAGCACAAAAGUUGCCGGUCUGGGGCCAUUUUUUCCCUCUAUUUCUGUUUCGUAAUAAUCCUCGAUUCCAAUCUCAUCUUGUAUUAUAUAAUGAUGUCCAGAUAUUUACAUCAACAUUUCGUUGAAAAUCUUAUUCUAAAGAUGUGAAAUGUUGUUCGUGAUUAGAGAUAGUGGUUGUGUUUCCCGGGAGAUGGCAUAAUGGAUCAUCACCAACAGAUGAAGGUAAAGAAAGUUACUCGUCUCAGUCAUUCGAGCUGGUUGUAUCUUCAUCUCCAUUUAGAUCAACAGAAUUCUUCUCACAAAACAAGUUCAUAUCAUAGAUGAUAUUCAUCCUCACUUCUAAA